AUUUUAGUUUCUUUUCUAUGCUUUUUGGCUAGUUCAUAUAAAUGUUCAUAAUUAAAUUCUAAAUUACAAUUUUUCACACAAUUUGAAGCUCGGUCAAUUUCAGACAAUGCUUAGCUCAACUGGAACUGCUGGCGGCAGUUGUCUUCUACCAUUAUUGCGGUUCUUAACGGCAAAUGGUGGUGCAUUUCAGAAGUUCUCGUCAAGUGCAGUUGAUCGAAUCAGUAAUCAGGGUAGACUGUUGAAAAGAUUGCCGAGCUGCUCUGCAGCGGGACCAGGGCAAUUGCGUAAAUAUUCAGAUGAUGACCAUUGUGAAGAUAAAUGUGCGCAGAAAGAAGAGGAAAAAGCAUGUGGACCAGCAGUACUCAGAGCCUAUCCAUGCGGUAAUAAGCCCGAAGAGCCGGAAAAGCCAAAACCCAAGCCCCCCAAAACGGCUCACAAGUCCAUGUGGGAUAUAGACGGCUGCGAGCCAGACAUUUGUGUGCUGCCACUUCGCUACGAUAUGAAAUACUAUCGCAUAUCGGAUAAGGAGAAACGCAAAUAUCAGGUUACAUGGAAUGAGUGUCCACGCCUGCUCGUCAAGCCCAAGAAGGUCUGCCUGUAUGAGAAGGUAGUGCGUCCCAAGAUCAAGCGUCGCAAGCGUUGCCCUCCAAAGCCAAUGGUAGUUCCUAUUGCUCCCGACGCGGCCUGUGAAAAAGGGAAAAGGACAUGUCCAACUAUCUCAAUGCCCUGCUGUAAGUCAGCUCGCAAGCCACCAGACUGUUCGGUUGGCUUCAGAGGACCGGCCAAGUGCGACAAACCUUUGGCGCCCUAUCCCAGCUUCUCAGAGUGCCAGAAAGAUCCCUUCGAAGAGCCAAAACCAACCGAAUGCAAAUGUCUAAACGCGGCAGCGCUUUGCGAAGCAUGGGCGGAAAUGCGUAGACGCAUAGCCAUGGGAAAAUCCACUAUACCCAAGUGUGGAGAAUUUUAGGAAGUCGAGAGCUGACAGCUUCAUAAUAUUAAGAAUGUUCACAAUUCCAAAAUCUUAUUAAACAACAUUAUUUUUUAAACAUAA